AUGUUCCAACUUACCAAGUUCUUGGCUCUGGCUCUGGCUGGGUUGGCUUUGGGUAGUGGAAAUCUCACAGUCCCUGGUGUGUCAUGCGCCUGUCAGCGGCUUUCUUCAAAAAAUCCUCAACAAUUGUUGUUCCCGUCAUCCACGGAGUAUCAAGAAGAGGCUGGUCAUUACUGGGAUGUCCGCUCCAAGCUAGACCCGACCUGCAUCUUCGUCCCCAGAACCGGAGGUGAAGUGGCACGGGCGAUUCCAGGAUCGAACGACAUCGACGAUGGCGUUGUUAUCGCUCUCUCUGCCUUGAACAAAUACACGCUUCACAACGACACCAUCGAUGUUGGUCCAGGAAUGACCUGGUACGACGUCUAUUCCGCGCUCGAGGCUUCCGGCCGGAUGGCAAUUGGCGGUCGUCUUAAGACAAUCGGCGUCCCGGGACUUACCUUGAUCGGAGGCGUUCACUACUUCAUCAACAAAUACGGGUAUGCCAUGGACAAUGUUGCUCGAUAUGAAGUGGUGCUGGGGAAUGGGACGCAGGUGGUGGCAUCGACUCAGUCUCAUCCCGACCUGUUCUGGGCGUUGAAAGGCGGUGCCAACAACUUUGGGAUUGUCACCAAGUUUACACUCCGGACCCAUGAAAUCCCGCAGAUUAGCACCACGAUCCAAGCAUUUGACGAGUCGGGUAUAUACAACUACAUCAAGGCAGCUUGCGACCUUGCCAAACUGGACGAGGCAGAUCCCAUUGCAGCUGGAGGAGUGUUCACGAUCAGCUACAAUACAACGACCAACAUCACGUCUGCAUCCGUUCUGGGGGUCCAAGAAGGUAUCAGCAAUCCCCCAUCCCAAUUCACGAACUUCACUGCCAUCGCCGGACCUUCAAAGACCCACAAUGUGACGACUGGAAAGCAAUUCGCCUCGACUCUCAAUACUCCGAAUCAGAUGUUCCGCUUUUUGCUUUUUGUCACAGCCAUGGUCGGUACAUACAGGCGUCUUCACUUUGAGGAUACAGAAACUGGUGCCCUAAGCCCGCGAUCAUCUUCACCGAACACAAAACCUACUUUUCCGUGGAUCCUGCACGCGCUUUUGUUUGGCAUUUCAGUGACCACAGGAUUUCUGGUUGCCUUGCUUCUGCUCCGUUACGGGUCUACUGAUUCUUCCAUCAAUGCGCAGGAAGGCCCCAACGGGCCCAGUCGUCACCUACUAGAUGUGCGAUUUACUGGGACCUUCAAUGUUAACAAUUCAUUCAAGGGGCCCCCGAACUUGGAGACAGCUGCCGCCUGGGGGGACAUCUUGCGACCUGGUGUCCUUGCCGUAGAUAAGGAUACAUGGGAGCGCUCCAAGCCCCAGUACCCUGAUUCUAGUGUCCAGAUUCCAAGAAUGGUAGGAGGUAGAUCUGAAAGUAAAUACAUGGCAACACUGGAAGUUACCCACCAGUUGAAUUGUCUUCAUAAUCUGUUAAAGUUGAACUAUUUGAACCAUUUUGAGGAUCUUCAAAAGAGUCGAGAGGAUAACCUUGCGCACGAACAAGAACGCGUCGACCAUUGCAUUGACACCCUUCGCCAGAAGCUCAUGUGCGAUGCAGACUCGAAUCUUGUCACAUACAACUGGGUUCAGCGUGUGAGAUGGCCAGUGGCUAAUUUUAAUAGUCACCAUCAGUGUCAUGACUUCAAGGAAGUUAUGGGCUGGGCUGAGGAACGUUCUUUUGCAUCUACUCUAGACUUCGAGAAACCUAAAGACAUAGUGGGGUUACAAGAAUAUCCAUAA